UCAGGGCUCGGCAUAUAAAACGAUACUGAUCAGUAACAUUUAUAAUCAUUGUCUAUUCACGAUUUGAAAUGUUCGGUUCGUUACGAGAAUUAAAAUAAUUAGAGAAAACGGUCAAAUCUUAUCAGGAUAAUCACAAAUUUAUCAAGAAUUCUUCCCAUUAUGUUCACGUGGCAGUUAUGGUGCACUUUAUUCUGUGUUUUGUGGUUGUAUUUUCUGUGGACAAUACCUUAUAAUACCUGGACCAAUUGGUUAUCCUUUAAUAGGGAAGGUUGGUGAUUGUUAGCAUUAUUUAAAGUGUGAUAAAAACUCUGAUUUUAAAAUGAAAUGCCUUAGAUGUGCUGGAGACAUUGAAGAACUUUUUGGAUAUCAUUCCAUCAUAUCAUAUCCACAUUCUAUGUGGUAAAAAUUCCACGAUUCUUCAAAUCAGUAAUCGUGGAAUUUUUACCACACAGAAUGUGGAAGAUCAUUCUGCUCACAUUGUAUUUGCCGCAUUUGAAUACAGUGGCCUAUACACUGAUGUUGCUCGCCAUGUUUCCCGAGUAUCAAGAGAAGGCUUUUGAAGAGUUUUGUGCAUUCUUUCCCAAGUCGGGAGAUUUUGAUGUUAGCUACAGUGAUAUUAAGAAUCUGGUUUAUUUGGAUUUAAUUCUUAAUGAAUCAAUGCGACUUCUGACACCAGUUCCAAUGGUUGCACGACAGACCAUGCGCGACGAAUGGAAUUUUUAUUCCAAAAGGAGUUCAGAUUGCAAUCGACAUCUUUCACUUGCAUCGGGAUAAGAAAAUAUGGGGAGCAAAUGCGGAAACAUUUGAUCCCGAA